AUGUCAUCAUAUGGAGUAAUCAGUUCAAUAUCUAUACCUAUUCUUAUAAGUAUUAUUUUAAAAAGUAUUAUUACAUACAUUAUUGGUUUAUGUAUAAUUAUUAUUAAUAUACUUCUUAUUGCAAGUUUAACUCGUAUUAAACGUCUACGUACAACACAAAAUCUUCUUUUAAUAAAUGUUUGUUGUGCUUGUAUAUAUUUUUCGUUAUCAUGCAUUGUUUCAGUUAGUCUUACAAUGUGUAUUCUAAAUACAAAAAAUAUAAAUUCAUAUUUAUGUCAAUUCAUUGGAUUUCUUGUUAUAUCAAGUACUCAUAGUGUAAUGCUUUCAUAUACAUUGGUUACAUUUAUUAGAUUCUUAACAAUUAUUUAUCCGUUUAAUAGAAAAAUUACGAAAAUUCAUUAUAUUAAGAAUUGUUUAAUAUCAAAAUGGAUAUUAGCUAUCUUUUUACCAGGUAUAAGUUUAAUUUUACCAAAUCAACAAAUAAUAUUUCAAUCAAAAGCUAAAAUAUGUACAAUUAAUCAGCAAUCACCAUUAUUAUUUAUCUAUUUUUGUACUGGUUAUAUUAUACCAUUUGUACUUAUAUCAUUAAUGAAUUUAGUUACUUAUUUAAAUGUAACAUAUUCACGACAAAUACCUUUUCUAUCUCGAAUGAAACAAUGUCGUUUAAAUCGACGUAAACGUCGAAAUUUACGUUUAUUAAGACAAUUUUCAUUCUUUACAAUUAUUUUCUUAUUAGGAUGGACACCAUUUAUAAUAAUUGAAAUAUUUGAUAAAGAAGGAAAACUUCCAGAUAUAUUUUAUUUAUUUACACUUAUUUUACCAUUAAUAUGUAUUUUAAUUGAUAGUACUGCUAUAUUAUAUUGGAAUAAAACAAUUCAUCAUCAAAUUCAAUUAUGGUGGCAAUCAUUAAUAAAGAAAAGACCUCAAAUAAUUAAUCAUGAACGUAAUAAUUAUACAACUAAUCAUGAUAGUUUCUCAAUUGAUAGAAAUGCAAAUAUGUCAAGUGUUUAA